GUGCUGUCAAGCCUCAGGCCACAAUAUCCUUCUUAUCGUCUCUAGAUUUGGCAGGAGCCGAAAAGAUGGCAACCGAACACAUUCUCCCCUCAAGUCGUUCAAUCUCGCCAUUCCGAAGCUCGAUGGUCAAUCGCAUCUGGGUUACCUUUGUGUGACAUGGCGAUGCUGGCACGCUUGAACAGCAACCCUUGAUCUCGUCCGGGAGUAGUGCAUAAAGAGCAGCGCUCUUCCCAUCUCAAGUUAUCGGCAUCCGAGCCAAAGUCCGAUAACGGGCCUAUUUGACCGCCUCGCCAUUCGCGCUUGUUGUCUUAACGUCAAGAGAGGCCAACAAAAUCUGAUACCAGAAUCUCACUCUCACAAUGCCGUUCAUUCAGAACGAGUCUGAUUCGCCCAGCCAGUCUGAAAAGACCUUGGCCUUCGAACAACUCGUCAAGGACCUCAGUGCUGUUCUUGGGCCCGAGUCUGGCCUUGACUCUGAUGACGUUGACCCCAUAAACAUUCAGCUGUUGAUGGAGCGAUACGUCUCGGAUGAGGGGGAGUGGGGACCAUAUGCACUGGGAGAUUCCAGCCGUGGCUAUACGAGAAAUCUAAUUGAUGAGGGAAAUGGCAAGAGCAACCUGCUCCUCCUCGUCUGGAGCCCUGGAAAGAGUAGUGCGAUUCAUGAUCAUGCAAAUGCACAUUGUGUGAUGAAGAUACUCAAGGGAAAGCUCAAGGAGACACUCUAUUCCUGGCCAGAUAAGAAGAAGAUUGAGCAAGGAGAGACUUCUCCACCACAAGUCACUCGGGAGACUGUCUUCGAAGAGAAUCAAGUCACUUACAUGUCUGAUAAACUCGGUCUUCAUAGAAUUUCCAACCCUGACCCAGACGACUUUGCUAUUUCACUACAUCUUUACACACCUCCUAAUGCUGCAAAUUACGGAUUCUCACUCUUCGACGAGAAGACUGGCAAGUCCGUUCACAUCAAGCAAACCAACUUUUACUCUGUCCGCGGUACACAGCUCAAUGAUGGACAGCAGUUGUAAGCUCCGGUUGCAUUUGUUAAUGUCAAUUCUAUGCAUUCACUCAGCCUGAAGAUAUUCCCUCUUCACUCAUCCCUAAGUCAUCCCCACAUCCUCACCUGCCUUGGUUAUUGUCUCAACCAGCGUCCUUGAUGGAAGAGCUUCUGGUGCACUCGCUGUGUUGAGCGUCUUUCCUAGAUUGUGGGGUUCGAGUUUGCGAUUCUCUAUGCCCCCCUUCCCUUUAUUUUCACGUCCCUAUUAUUAGUGAUUAGCGCAUCACCAAAGCCAUUAUUAACGAUUGAAUGACAACUAUCGAUCAGGCAGAUCGCCUACUGUAGUCGCUACUUUCCUGAAAAAGUCAUGGAACGAUGAAGCCCGCAGCCCCUCCCAAACUGGGUGCAGAAUAAAUC